AUGUCUAAUCCCACGGUGGUUUCUAAAUCAGUCACUCAAACUUUGCAAAUCUGUGAAUAUAUAAACUCGUUAGAUAAUUAUUCACCAAUGAAAUUUAUAGCCACCUUUCUAUCGUCAAAUCAUGAAGACCUAGUAUAUCGGCGUUGUCUGAUAAAAGCCGGCCUAGGUACGCAACAAACAAAGUCCAUUUUCAAGAAUCUUGCACGGUUGACUUUGGCCAGUGACGCCGGCGAGAGUGAAUGGCACAAAUGGAUUUUGGAUGAGGCGUCGGCUAUUGUUAAUGCCCAGGAACUCCCGCGAGGUCAUUUCCCCGCUGGUGCCUAUGUCAGCUCAAGCCAUAUCAAUCCUGACCACUUCAGCGAAAGCGCCGAAGCUGCCCGCGCAAGACAAGUCCGAACGGGGAUGCCUUUCCUGCAUUCCCUAAUUCAGCGCAAGGUAUCUCUUGGAAUGAAGAAGAAAGACCUUACCGCAUAUCAGGAUGAUGAAACAUCUGAUUCUCCUCCGUUGGCCCCUGAGCUUCCUCGCGCUGGUAUGGCUGUCAAGCCUGGAAGCACGGAGAUUGAAGGAGCUCUUGAUGACGAAAGUGUGCUCGCGAUGGAAAAUCUAGUCUAUGUCAAGUCGACCCCUGCUGAGCAAAGUGCCCACAAAGUAGAAACAGUCAGUCGGCCUCAAAGUAGGGAUAAUCCGUCUGUAUCACGAGGGCACGCUUACUCAUGUCUUACGAAUGCCACUUUGCUAUUACCUUUGUUAUGCUACGAUAACAUUGACAUCCAUUUACGAAUACACAACACACGCAUCGACACCUCCUCCCGCUUGUUCCAUGGAACGUGGGGUUUCUUCAAGGUUAUUGAGGCUUGUGUGAUCGCGCAAAGCCAGGACGAGGCAGUGAGCCUCGCUACCUUCUUGCAAUCCAUGGCAUCGGCCCAACAAAAGGCAGUCGAGAUGUCUGCAUUUUCGCCCUCCCCAGCGCAGAGCGACCAUUGGGUUUCAGUUAUCAAAUUGCAACUGGCCAAAGCAUUUACGGAUUAUGUUGAGCACUUACCUGGUGCACCUCCCCGCGAACUCCUUCCACGGCUGGACACCAAACCACCGGCCAUUGACCGCAUUGCCAUGCACAAGGCGAAUGUGCAUUUCCUCCGUAUGAUGAAUGCCCCAGAUAAUUCUGCUGAUGGCAUCUCGCGGGUGUUGGACGAAAUCAAGGCCCAGAUCAACAUGGACGCUGACAGCCUCGCGCGGAACCUGCUAGUCGCAGGCGGAGACGUAGGUUCAAACCUCCUUCUCGAGAGCCUGCGCACAAAGAGAUAUCCGGCGAUUGAUGACGUCGAGGGUUUGCAAUGGGUCCUAUCCGUGUUCGGAGGGGCCCACACAACAUGGAAUGUAGCUAAAACGUUAUGGGGUCUACACUGGGGGUGCUCCGACAAAGGCGAAGAUACCGGGGUUUGGCGAUCCGUGUUUUCAUUAGGAGGUGAUCAUAAGAAGCCGGUGGCCGCUCAAGACUUCAACUUGAUCAUGCGGUCCGUACAACAGGUAGAUCCCUCGAAAAUUACUUACGACGCUGUCCACGGAGCCAGACAGGUCAUUGGGUCGAUGGGCGAAAUAGAUCUUUCGCAAGAGGCCAAUGUGAAGAAGGUACUUGACGAGGCCUGGACUCAAUACUUUGAUGCGACGGCGAUCAAGGAGGGACAUGGCACCAAUAUUGAACGUCUCACUUAUCGAUUGUCAAACAACAUCCCUCUGUUACGCAGGCUCAUGCAACUACUCAAAGCCCUCGCAGGGCACAAGGUCAUAUACCAGCCUAACCUAUGCACCAUUACACCAGCUUCCAUGAAACUAUUCCUACAAUACGCGGAAGAGUGUUUAGUGGAGAAAAGCGGUGCCCGGCCUCUAGCCCAGGUGGCCAACUCGUGGACGGCGGGUCAACGCAAGAUGAUUAAGUUACUUAGAGAUGAUAGAGACUCGGGUCGAUCAUCUCGUUUCCGGUGGGGCUCGCCUGACCUUUUGGAUUCUGGGCGAGAUGAGAACGAAGAAAAUAAUAUGGAGGAUUGGUAA